CCGGGGGGCGGGGCGGCCGGAGCCUUAAAGCGCUCCCCGGGCCCCCGCCCCGCUCAGCCUCCCGCCAUGGCCGAGACCGCCAAGCUCCAGCUGUUUGUCAAGGCCAGCGAGGAUGGUGAGAGCGUGGGGCACUGCCCUUCCUGCCAGCGCCUCUUCAUGAUCCUGCUCCUCAAAGGCGUACCCUUCACACUCACCACCGUGGACACGCGGAGGUCCCCUGACGUGCUGAAGGACUUCGCCCCGGGCUCGCAGCUGCCCAUCCUGCUCUACGAUGGCGAAGCCAAGACGGACACGCUGCAAAUAGAAGAGUUCCUGGAGGAGACCCUGGGGCCCCCCGACUUCCCCAGCCUGGCACCCCGCUACAGGGCAUCCUCCACGGCGGGCAACGACGUCUUCCACAGGUUCUCUGCGUUCAUCAAGAACCCGGUGCCUGCACAGGACGACGCCCUCUACCAGCAACUGCUGCGCGCCCUCGCCAAGCUGGAUGGCUACCUGCGCGCGCCCCUGGAGCACGAGCUGGCGCGGGAGCCGCAGCUGCGCGAGUCCCGCCGCCGCUUCCUGGACAGCGACCAGCUCACACUGGCCGACUGCGGCCUGCUACCCAAGCUGCACGUCGUCGACACGGUGUGCGCGCACUUCCGCCAGGCGCCUGUCCCCGCUGAGCUGCGCGGCGUCCGCCGCUACCUGGAGAGCGCGCUGCAGGAGAAGGAGUUCAAGUACACGUGUCCGCACAGCGCCGAGAUCUUGGCGGCCUACCGGCCCGCCGUGCGCCCCCGCUAGCGCCCGCCCCUAGAGCCACCUCUGGCCAGACGUCCGAGCGACCAGAGACCCCGAGAUGGCUGCUGCCCAAGCCCCCUGCAUGGGACACUCAGCCCAAGAUGACCCACCCAAAUGACAAGGACAGGAGAGCCCGUUGGUAGGGGUGGAGCCCACGUCCCCCCGGCCCCCCGCCGAGCAAACACACGGACUGGGGGCCUCCUGCAGCUACCCGGGCUGUGACUAAAAUUGCAAGGACUGGACUGGGCUCCCAAACCAGUCAGGCCAGGGCAGGGUGGGGAGGCAGGACAGCCAAGGAGGGCGGGGAGCGGAGGCCCAGCCCUGGCCACCUCAGGGCUCACAGCCAGGUGGGCGGGGGCUGCAACAGCCAGGCUCAGGGUGGGUCAAACACGUAACCGCA